CCCUGGCACCAGAUUCUUCGCAGCACUCCCGUCCAUCUGGCGUGCCUGUGCGUGGCGGCCGGCAUGGCGGAGCAACGGCUGGGCAAAUACAACUACCUCAUGUACCUGGGAGGCGUUACCAGCUUUCCUGCCCUGUCUUCGGUGCUGGCGCUGGCAGCGGCCGUGGUGACAAGCGGCGUGGUGAGCGACCUGCUGCGUGACAAGGGCUGGCUCACCACCACUGGUACCAGGAGGCUCACCUGUUCAGGAGGAUUGAUUAUCCACGCCUGCGCAACGAUGCUACAAGGGUUAAAGGAAAACCAUUGGAUAGAACACAUAGCCAUGACAGCCCUGGGUGUCUUCUUCGUAGGGAUCGAGACGAGUCACGUGGACAUGGCGCCCCAACAUGCGCCCGUACUCAAAGCGCUUUCGGCCACCACGCUCGAGGUUGUUCUGGGCGGCAUCAGCGUGUUCGUCAUCGCCGAUGCGUCCUCCCUCACGGGCCACCGACUGGCGCACGUCUUCAUUCCGGUGGCACAAGUGGUGGCCGCCCUGCUGUACCUGUUGUACGGCCGCGCAGACCUGCAGCCCUGGCACGGGCAGGUGGAACAGAGCCCUGAGCAAGAGGAGCGGAACGUCUGCGACCAGUGCGAAGAUGCGUGCAAUGUUCAGAAGAAGGGCUGCUGCGGCGACGUCGGUGUGCCUCAGGCUCACUGCUCACAGAGGGACAUUGAGGAAACAGUGUGA